UCUGAUGAUGUCAAAGUGUUAUGAUGUCAUAAGAGACAGAUGCCUUGAAUAUCCUGCAUCUGAAUCAAACUAGCAGAGCUCAAGCUGGACGGACGUUGGUUUCACCUUAUUGGAUUUAUCGUUGCAUUUUUUCGUGGAUUUUUUGAUAGAUCAGUUGGACAGUGAAAAUGUCGGCAUUUGAAAUCGAUUCACUAACAAAGUACCAAAUUAGACGAAUGAGCAGAGAUGAAUUAGUUGUUUUACUUAUGGAUUGGUUGGAGAGAUUAAAAGGCAGAUCUGCAUCACUGAUUAAGCAGAACAAAUUGCAGGAGGAGUUGGAAAAAGCUCAAGAACAGAUUGAGCUUCAAAAUGAAAAAAUUAUUUCCCUUACAAAAGAGUUAAAUGUGUCCCUGAAGAAAAACAAAGAUUUUGAAUGUCAGACGAUCCCAAAAUUAAAACAGGAAAUUGAGAGCUGGACUUCCCACAAGCAUAAAUUAUCAUCAGAGGUUCAAAGUUACCAACAUAAAGUGAAGGAACUUCAAUGCUCCAUCAAGAACCUGGAAAGAAAAACAAAAGUGCAAGAUGAAAAGUUGGAAGAACAAAGAAAAAUAUGUCAUGUCACAGAAUCGAUAGUUAAGCGAGAACAGCAUGCAAGUGAGGUGGAGAGAUUAAAGGCAGAAUUGUCUAGAAAAGUAAAUGAUAUUGGGAUGAAGAACAUUGAAAUUAAGAAGGAAAGAGAGAAGUCCAGACUACUUGAGGCCAAGGUUAAAGCUCUGGAAAGGAACUUGAGUGAGGCACAAAAGGAAAAUAAAGACCUCGUUAAGAAACUGUCAAAAACUCCAAUGGAGGAAGCGAUUGAAAAAACUAAGAUCGCAUUUGAAGCAAGAAUUGAUUUUGACACCUUGGCCAAAGAAAAGCAGAGAAGCAGAGCAUUGCAGGAAUGUCUCACAAGGAAAGAUCGGCAAUUGAAUAAACUGCUGGAGGACCAGUCUAAAAAACGCUCCACGUUCUCAGAUCUCACAAGAGAAGCUCAGGAUAUAAUAAAAAUACUUGAGCAAAGAUCACACACAACUGCAAGUUGUAGGAGAGACACACUGACAAGAACCAUGCAGGAGACAGCACCCAAGGAUUUGGUGGAAUCGUCUCACAAUAAAAUGGCAGAGCUCCUCUGGUCAUGGAUUCCACUGACGGCUUGACCCAGGACUCCUCAGUGGACAGAGGCUCACAUCUGGCAGCUCCUUGUUUAUGACAGCAGUUAACACUGGAUCAGGGAGGCUCUGGAGGAAAACACAUGUAGAGGCUUUAGAGCACACAGGGAACGCACACCUUAAUCUGGAUGGCUAACAAGUUCGCUGUGAGACUGAUUUAGAUUCUUUACAAUGUUCAAAAAGUGAGAUGGCAGGAAAUAAGUAAAUAACCUUCUGCUCCAAGCCUGAAGCUUGGAGUGUUCCAGAUCAAAGGUUAAUCACAUUUUACUAUGGCCUACUCAAAGCCUGGGCCUAAAUAAAAUUAAAUCUGUAGGAAAAUUUUAAAAUUCAUUUCCACAUAUUGUUUUUAUUCAGUCUCAGUUUGAGCUGAGCUAACGUGGAAUUGUCAAAAAUGUCGUCUUUAGAUGUGUAAAAGUGGUGACGUACCCAAAGGAGUUACAGAUGUAACACAGCAAAAUGAGGUUCUGCUGAGAUUAAAACAUAGUUUAAAUAUUUUUCAUAUGUUCAUUAGAUCCAAAUCUUAAAAGCAGGAAAACUUGUGCCGAUAUCAAUAUCCAUUAUUAAUUAUGCUGUUAUGGCUGAUAACCAAUAUUUACCAAUAUUCUUUAUAUUUUUCUUCACUUUAAACACCGUGUAAAGCCACCACACUGCAUACAUCAAUUUAAACAUCCCCACAAUGCUGCACUGCAUCCCUUUAUUUAUCACCUGACUGAACAGAUAACACACGGCCGACCUCACACACUCCCCUGUCUGAAACACACACACAAAUGGCAACAAGAUAAAAAUAAUGUCAAUAUAAACCCAGUUUUAAUUAUUGGACCAAUACCGAUAUGGGAAAAAAAUGACUAACAAUGUCUGAUACCGAUGUAGAUGCCUGUAUGUUGGGUAUCCUUAUGAAAAACCAGGUAUUGUUCUUUUUGCCACUUUAAAAUGCAGAAGAAAGUGAUAUUUGUCUUUCAAUAAUAAUGAACACUCAUAUCACACCACAAAGUUUACAUACUUGUUCAACAUUGUGGCCAUUUCAAUUGAUUGUUGUAAAUAUUGCACAUGUGUAUAAUAGUACACUUAUUUUACAAAGUGCUUGAUGGUUGUCUAGAUUUGUACGUUUUUAGUCAUUUAAUGUCUAAGUCUUCCCUUGGUCUGAAAGCCUUUUGGUUUAAAGAUGGCAGUGUCUGGUUUCAUGGCUGCUUUCUUUACAUCCUGAUGUUUAGAUGAUGAGACUCCAUCCAGAUGAAAGACUCAAGAGAAGUCUGGAAAUAAAGCAGCUUGAGUGGGGUGGUCCUGAAAACCAGAACCACCAUAAACAAGUGUCUAGAAUGCACGCAAAUACACACACACACACACACGCCCACAUGCACAAAAACAUGUGCGCACGCGCACCCCUGCACACACACAAACACACACACACAGAGUUACUCAUCCUUGACUGUGAAAGUGGAUUGCCGGGGGAGUGUGAGUCUUCUCCGAUGGCUCACACUGUCCUGACAGUCUCAUUAUAGUGGAGUUAGAGUGAAAACCUUGGUGUGACAGAAUCAAAGUCAUCGUAGUUGGCCUCCAUCAGCUCCAUCGCUGUACUGCCUGACCAGCACCAGCGUCGGCCCACAGCUUCUUCCCUGCAAACCCAGAAUCCCUCUGGGAGCAGAGCUGCUUUAGAGCCAGCAACACAUUUCUGAUUGACUGAAUGCAUUUAAAGUCCUGGGAACAAAACUCAUUCCAUGUUUCUCCAUUGUUUCCUGACUGUGCUGUGAAUGCAUUCAUUUUCACAUUAAAAUUGACAAAAAAAAAACAAAAAAAAAAAAA